AAGCGCAGAGGACGCGGGGGGGAAAUCCCACCCCCACGGCGCUCCCCGCGCCCAACAAGGGGGGUUGGGCGGCCCCCGCGGGUGGUUCGGUCCGGCCAAACCAACCCGGUCCCCUCGGGCCCAGCGCAGAAAGCCAAAUAUUCAAAUUGGACGCCGAGGCAAACGAGCUUAAUUAAGAACCGGCCAAUCAGCUCCGAGAUGAAGGGCCCCCCAGCCUCGUUCUGAGCGCUGGCGCCGGAAAUCCACCCGGCCCUGCCCCCCCAGCCGCAGGAAGUGGAGCCACCCACGGGCGCCACCACAACCACCCCCGCCACAUCUUCCUCCUCCUCCUCCUCCUCCCCCCGGUCCACCAUGGCCGCCGCGCUCCUGGGCGAGGCCGCGUGCCCCGAGUGCCGUGGGCUGUUCCGCGACCCCGUGUCCAUCCACUGCGGCCACAGCUUCUGCCGCGGCUGCAUCGCCCGCCGCUGGGGGGACGCCGGGCGCCCCUUCCCGUGUCCCCGCUGCCACCGCGCGGCGCCGGAGAACACGCUCCGACCCAACCGCGAGUUGGCCAAAGUCAUCGAGGUGGCCAAGAGGCUGAGCCUGAGGGCGGCGCCGGGACGGUGCCCGCGCCACAGCGAGGCGCUCAAGCUCUUCUGCGAGGACGACAGGAGCCUCAUCUGCUUGGCGUGCCGGGGGGCGCCGGAGCACCGGGAGCACGCCGUGGUGCCCGUCGAGGAGGCCGCCGAGGAGAACAAGGAGAAGUUCGAGGCCCACGUGCGGAUCCUGAAGGACCAGAGGGAGAAGCUCUUGGGGCUCAAAGAGGCUGAGGAAGGAAAAUCCCGCGAGUGCCUCGAGCGGGUGGAAUCGGAGCGCCAGAAGGUGUCGUCCCAAUUCGGGGCGCUGCGCCGCCUCCUGGGCGCCCGGGAGCGCCUCCUGCUGGAGCGCUUGGGCCAGCUGCGCCACGAGGUGGCCAGGAGCGGGGAGGACAAGGUCAACCGCAUCCUGGGGGCCGUGUCGGCCAUCGACGGGCGCAUCCGGGAGCUGCAGGACAAGUGUCGGCUUCCGGCCUGCGAAUUCCUGCGGGACGUCGGAGCCAUCCUGAGCAGGAUUGAGGAGGACGGGGCCCCGAAACCAACGGAGGCGUCGGAGGCCCAAGACGCGCCCGCCGCCGUUUGUCCCGCGCCCGCCAUUGUCAAGGAGGAAGCGGUGGGGUUCAGAGCGAGCGUGACCCUGGACCCCGACACGGCGCAUCCGCGGUUGGUCCUAUCGGCCGACUUAAAACAGGUCAAAUUCGGGGACACCCGGCGCCCCGUCCCCGACACCCCCCAACGCUUCGACUCGUCCCGCUGCGUCCUGGCCCGCCACGGCGUCACGGCCGGGCGCCGCUAUUGGGAGGUGGACGUCGGCCAUGGCACCGCGUGGGCCGUCGGCGUGGCCAAGGCCUCCGUGGGGAGGAAAGGCCGGCUUAGAGUUAAACCCGACGCCGGGAUUUGGGCGCUAGGCCGCUGCGGGCCGCGCUACCAGGCCAUGGCGUCACCCGCCGUCCCGCUGCGCGUGGCCCCCCAAAAAGUGGGUGUUUUUGUGGAUUAUGAGGGGGGCCGGGUGGCGUUUUUCGACGCGGCCCAUGAGACGCCAAUAUUUGUGUUUUUCCCCAUCAAUUUCGAGGGGGAGGAAAUCCUGCCCCUGCUCUGCCUGGGGAGGGGGGGGCGGCUCACCCUGUCGCCCUGAGCCCAACAGGGGGCGGCGCUCGAGCGGGUUUGGGCUCGUCAACCCAAAUAAUGGGUUUGGGGACACCAAAUCCUGGGCCUAAUCUGCCUUUUUCACCUCAAAUCCUGGGCUUAAUUCUCCCUUUAUUAACCUCAGAUCCUGGGUUUAAUCCCCCCUUUUUCACCUCAAAUCCUGGGCCUAAUCCCCCUUUUUAACCUCAAAUCCUGGGUUUAAUCCCCCCUUUUAAACCUCAAAUCCUGGGCUUAAUUCUCCCUUUAUUAACCUCAAAUCCUGGGCCUAAUCCCCCCUUUUUAACCUCAAAUCCUGGGCCUAAUCUACCUUUUUAACCUCAAAUCCUGGGUUUAAUCCCCCCUUUUAAACCUCAAAUCCUGGGCCUAAUCCCCCCUUUUUCACCUCAAAUCCUGGGCCUAAUCCCCCUUUUUAACCUCAAAUCCUAGGCUUAAUUCUCCCUUUAUUAACCUCAGAUCCUGGGCUUAAUCCCCUCUUUUUCACCUCAAAUCCUGGGCCUAAUCCCCCUUUUUAACCUCAAAUACUGGGUUUAAUUCUCCCUUUAUUAACCUCAGAUCCUGGGUUUAAUCCCCCCUUUUUCACCUCAAAUCCUGGGCCUAAUCCCCCUUUUUAACCUCAAAUCCUGGAUUUAAUCCCCCCUUUUAAACCUCAAAUCCUGGGCCUAAUCCCCCCUUUUUCACCUCAAAUCCUGGGCCUAAUCCCCCCUUUUUAACCUCAAAUCCUGGGUUUAAUCCCCCUUUUUAACCUCAAAUGCUGGUCUUAAUUCCCCCUUUUUAACCCCAAAUCCUGGGUUUAAUCUCCCUCUUUUCACCUCAAAUCCUGGGUUUAUUCCCCCCUUUAUUAACCCCAAAUCCUGGCCUUAAUCCCCUCUUUAUUAACCCGAAAUCUUGGGCUUAAUCGACCCCUUUUAGCCUCAAAUCCUGCACUUAAUCCCCCAUUUUUAACCUCAAAUCCCGGGUUUAAUCCGCCUCUUUUUAACCCUUUCUCACCUCAAAUCCCAGGUUUAAUUCCCCCUUUUAUUAACCCCAAAUCCUGGGCUUAACCCCCCUUUUUUCACCUCAACUCCCAGGCUUAAUCCCCCUUUUUAACCUUAAAUCCUGGGCUUAAUCCCUCCUUUAUUAACCCAAAAUCCUGGGCUUAGUCCGCCUUAAUUAACCUCAAAUCCUUGGCUUAAUUCGCCUCUUUUUAACCUUUUCAACCCCAAAUCCUGGGCUUAAUCCCCCUUUAUUAUUUAAGCUGAGCUGAAACCCCUUUAGAUCUCCCCCAUUUCCCCCCAACCACCCAAAACUUGUCAUUGACCCCACCUAGAAAUAAGAGACAAAUAAACCCAGACUUGGCUUUAACCUCAUUAAACCCUCAUCAGCUCGCCCUUAAUUACCAGCGGCUAAUUGAGAAACACCAACACCACCCAAGGACACACACGCCGCGCGCCCCGUAAUUAAUUAAUUGUUAGAUUAUUUAAGCCCCGCCCAUUUGUUUCGGGGACUUUUGAGUCGGAUGCUUAAAACCCACUAAAAAUAGGGGAAAAAGGGGCAAAAAAGCGAUAAUUUAAUGAGUUAAUUAAUUAAUAAGCACUAAGUUGUAUAGGGUUCUAUGGGCUCCCUGGUGGUCUAGUGGUUAGGAUUCGGCGCUCUCACCGCCGCGGCCCGGGUUCGAUUCCCGGUCAGGGAAGCAACCUAUUGGCUGGCCCUUAUAUUGGGGGAAAUACGGUUAUCAUUAUUAUUAUUAUUAUUAUUAUUAUUAUUAUUAUUAUUAUUAUUAUUAUUAUUAUUAUUAUUAUUAUUAUUAUUAUUAUUAUUAUUAUUAUUAUUAUUAUUCCCUCUUAGAAAGAUCCCUCGGCCCCUCUUUUUAUUCCCAUGUGGCAAGAUGUCCCCUCUCGCCUCUUCUCGAUUACUUACGGUAAUUCGAAAUUAUUCGA